AUGUCUCAGGCUAAAUUAACCGACCUGAUCAAUAUUCGUGUGGCUGAGGCCCUAGCAGCUCAGCAGGCUGGUCAGCAAGUGAAUCAGAAUCAGAACAAUCUGCCUGUUUGCACGUUUAAGACGUUCAUGGAUUCUAAGCCACAGACGUUCAGUGGUACUGAAGGAGCUGUGGGACUGCUUCAUUGGUUUGAGAAGGCAGAGUCAGUCUUUGCUAUGUGUAACUGUCUUGCUAGGGACAGAGUGAAGUUUGCUUCAGGCACACUCGAAGAUGGCGCCUUGACUUGGUGGAAUGCCCAAGUCCAAAUGCUGGGCAUUGAAAUGGCGAAUGCAACUACUAGGGAUGAUUUUAAAGAACUGAUGAGAGAAGAGUACUGCCCUCGUGAUGAAAUCCAAAAGUUGGAGAACGAAUACUACAAUUUGAAGAUGGCAGGGUCCGAGAGCGAAGCGUACACGAAACGGUCUCAUGAGCUCGCGAACAUGUGUCCCAACCUAUCACGACCACCCCACCAUAGGAUCGAGUUGUACAUCAAUGGUAUAGCACCACAGGUCAAGGGUUUAGUCACUGCAGCAAAUCUAGACAACUUGCCUCGAAUCAUCCGCUUAGCCCACAAGAUCACAGAUCAGGAGGUGGAGCGUGGCUCGCAACCACCACAUGUUUCUGUUACUACUGCUGCUACUACUACAACCACUACUCCUGCUACUGACAACAAAUGUAAAUGGAAUGAUGCGGACAAGGUGUCCAACUCGAAUCAGUCACAGAAGAAGCUGGACAACGGCAGCAACCACAGUUUUAGUCAGUCGUCCACAGUUAAUCAGAAUCAGACCAACAACUCGAAUCAGGGUUCUUACGCAGGGAAACAACCAAAGUGUAACAAGUGCAACUUCCACCAUCGUGGGCCGUGCACCCGGGUCUGUCACAGGUGCAACAAGGUGGGCCAUAUGGCUAGAGAUUGCAGGGCCCAAUUCCCAAAACAGCAGCAACAACAACCCCCACAGCAGCAGCCGCAGCAACAGGAAAGGCAACAGCCUCAACAGAACCGGGAAAAUCGCAAGGGGUGUUUUCAGUGUGGAGACAAGGGUCAUUUUUUGGCGGGAUUGCACUCAACUGAAUCAGAAUGCUGUGCUGAUUGGAGUUAUGUGUCUUUGGGGUUCAAUCGUCAGUUAGGGUUGACUCCUACACCUCUUGUAAACAAACACGUAGUAGAAUUAGCUGAUGGAAAAUCGAUUGAAGCUUCACAUGUUCUUUUUGGGUGUAAACUCGAUCUUAUGGGUCAACGUUGCCAGGUAGAACUCUUAAACGACUACGAUUGUGCAAUCAAGUACCGCCCGGGUAAAGCUAACGUUGUUGCUGAUUCCCUUAAUCGUAAGGAAACGAAACCCAAGCGUGUUCGCGCUCUACAGCUCACUAUCCACUCUAAUCUACCUGAUCAGAUCCGUUUGGCUCAGAUUGAAGCAUUGAAGGUAGAGAAACUGGAAGCUGAAUAUUUGCGGGGCAUGCAGAAAUGA